AUGUAUCAGAAAAAGAUAUCAAAUGUUACGUUAUGGUAUUUACUGAUUCUACACAUUCGGGUUUCUGGAUACACAGGAACCCCUAGGCUAAGAAAGGUGACACUUGAAGACAUCUUGGUUUUGACCAAUCAUACAGGACAAUUACAAGAUCAAACGAGUUCUAGAACAAACACACUGUUUGACGAUGCAGAUGAUAUUCAGAGGCAACUCGAUAACGAAGCUAGGGAUCGCCUCAAGUUUGGAAGACCAAAAACUAUUUGGGUCUUCCAUUUUCCAACGCAUUUUCCAGACCGAAACUCUAUAGAUGAAGAUGCUCCCGAAGACCAAAUAAGAUACCCACGAGAUUUGAUUCUAAGAAAAAAGCCUCGAAAGGAGGAGACAAAUGAUGAAGAAACUGCCAUUGAUUUGAUGACACCACCGUUGCCACCAUGUCUAGAUUGGGAAUACAGUAGUCAAGGAAGAUGGGAUAAAUCAUUUCCAGAGUGCGGUGGGAAAUCCCAGUCGCCUGUAGACUUACCAAUAGCUGGUCUCAUAAAGGCAAGAGGUGCAAGAUCAUUACUUUUUCAGAACUACGACGUACAGGCACAGGAAUUGACUUUGAUGAAUGAUGGUAAACGAGUAAUGCUCUUCGGUGAAUGGAAAAGCGCACAGCGUCCCCUAAUCUACGGCGGAGCUGCACAUAGUCGACGGUAUCUGUUCCACUCCCUCACGCUUCACCUGCCAGCAGAACAUACAGUAGGCGGCCUUCAGUACCCUGCAGAAACUCAAGCAUUCUAUGUAUCUGCUGAGUACAGGAAUCUAGAACAUGCCCUGGAUGCAUCUCCUAGCGAUCCACAAGCCUUUCUUGCAGUUGCUAAUUUGUAUAAGUAUUCAAACCACUCACACAAGGGCUUAGAAGAACUUCUAAAAUUAUCGAAGUCAGUGCGUUACCGCAAUGUUUCUAUUAAAACGAAAUCUCUCAGUUACUUCAACCCUCCGUUCAAAGAGUAUGCUUGCUAUCAAGGGUCCCUGUCCACUCCACCAUGCACUGAGUCUGUCCUCUGGCUCGUUAGAGGAAGGACAUUGUCUGUCAUGAGAGAAGCGGUGGAAGAGAUACUCCUCAAAACUCAGUCGUCACCACAACAAAUGUCCUUCCGUACAGUUCAACCGCUGAAUGACAGAAAAGUAUAUCUUUUUAAAUGA